UCGACGACUCGCUCCCACGCAAAGCGAGCCGCGCUCCUCGGUUGCCACCGCAUCGGCCAUCGGAUCGAGGGGCACCGCCGAUUCAAUUCGCCAUUCACCACACGCGCGGGCGCCGGCGCGGGCCAUGAUGAUGUCUUCGUCGUCCAUGGCCGCCGGUGCCGGCUCCUCGGAGCUGAUCUACCGCGGCGGCCACGACGCGCCGGCGGCGGACGAAGCCGGCGCCAGGUACUCGUCGUCGGCCAAGCCGCCGCCGCCGCCGCACGGCAACAAGCCGUGGCUGGCGCGGCCGCUGCGGUACAUGAUGGGCGAGCAGCGCCUGGCGUUCGCGCUCCUCGGCAUGGCUCUCGCGUCGCUCGUCUUCCUCCUCGCGCCCUCCGGCUCCGGCUCUGGGUCCGCCGCCGCCGCGUCGAGCGGCACCACCAGAACCAGCAGCAGCGUGGCUCACCUCGCGGCGGUGGGGCUGGCGUCGCGGCAGUACAGCAGCAGGGUGGCGUUGUUCGAGGAGCCCCGCGGCGGCGUCCGGCCCGGUCGCGUCCCGCUGGGCCUGAAGCGCAAGGGCCUCCGCGUGGUGGUGACCGGCGGCGCGGGGUUCGUGGGGAGCCACCUGGUGGACCGCCUCCUGGCGCGCGGCGACAGUGUGAUCGUGGUGGACAACUUGUUCACGGGGCGCAAGGAGAACGUGCUCCACCACGCCGGGAACCCCCGGUUCGAGAUGAUCCGGCACGACGUGGUGGAGCCGAUCCUCCUGGAGGUGGACCAGAUCUACCACCUUGCGUGCCCGGCGUCGCCCGUGCACUACAAGCACAACCCCGUCAAGACCAUCAAGACCAACGUGGUGGGCACGCUCAACAUGCUGGGCCUCGCCAAGCGCGUCGGCGCGCGAUUCCUCCUCACCAGCACCAGCGAGGUCUACGGCGACCCGCUGCAGCACCCCCAGGUCGAGACAUACUGGGGGAACGUCAACCCAAUCGGUGUUCGGAGCUGCUACGACGAGGGGAAGCGGACGGCGGAGACGCUGACCAUGGACUACCACCGCGGCGCCAACCUCGAGGUUCGGAUUGCUCGGAUCUUCAACACCUACGGGCCGCGCAUGUGCAUCGACGACGGCCGCGUCGUCAGCAACUUCGUCGCUCAGGCGCUGAGGAAGGAGCCCCUGACGGUGUACGGCGACGGCAAGCAGACGAGGAGCUUCCAGUACGUCUCCGAUCUGGUUGAGGGCCUGAUGAAGCUGAUGGAGGGCGAGCACGUGGGCCCCUUCAACCUGGGGAACCCCGGCGAGUUCACCAUGCUGGAGCUGGCCAAGGUGGUGCAGGACACCAUCGACCCCAACGCGCGCAUCGAGUUCCGCCCAAACACCGCCGACGACCCGCACAAGCGCAAGCCCGAUAUCACCCGCGCCAAGGACCUGCUGGGAUGGGAGCCCAAGAUCCCGCUCACCAAGGGCCUGCCCCUCAUGGUCCAGGACUUCCGUAACCGCAUCUUCGGCGACCAGCAGCAGAAGGAUGCCAACGCCAAUGCCGGCGACAACUGAUAUAUGAUCCACACCGACCGGAUCAUUGUUUUCUUUUUCAGUGGUACCUGUAGCUAGGGAAAGAUCCAGUUGAAGGCCGGGAAGGAAAGAUACUGGUAAUCCAUGAUCGAACUGAAUCAAUCAACCAAGGAUCGAAUCGAUCGAUACAUGUGUGUAGGAUAGUUAAUUAGAGGAUACGUGUAGCUGCUGGUCUGCUGCUGCAAGAGAAGAAAACUGAUGAUGAGCCAUUGCCAGCAGCAGGAGGUCGAGGCCCCAGCUCACGACGACUAUGCCACCGACCUUCGUGUUAUUAAUUUGUUCUUCUUUGUUAGUCCCUCUUAUUGGUAGCCACGAGUUCAUUCUUUCUUUUAUUUUCCAUGUGUUCUUCUUUGUAUUUCUUGGAAGAAAUGUAUCUUGAGAUCUUCUUAGCCCUUGUUCUGUGUCUCUGACCAUGACGACAAUUCUGCAAUAACAAUACCUGUAUGUGGAUGCCAAAAUACACCUGUUCA